AUGGACAGGAAACAUGGUUACUUAUCUAGAUCUGCAUGUUUUUUCCUCGUUAAAGCAACUUCGACUACGGGACCAAAUUCUCAUGCUCUAUCUACCAGGUCUGUCGGCCCCUAUCCUCACGGCCCAGUAUACGCUCCUUGUCAUCAUUAUUGGGACUGUAUCGACGGUCGACUACUGGUGAUCGAAUCCGAGCCCUUGCUAACCUGGCAAUCAAAUGUAGUACCUUUGGAGGCAGGCAACAUGGGCGGCAGAUUCUGUGUCGGAGACGGUGACGGCACAGUUCCUGAAACAACAGUAUCGACAGAUUUAAUCGGCCAAACCAAAUGCAGAGCUGAGGGUUCCUUACCGGGCCCUAGCCUUGAAGCCAGCUGGUUGAAGCUAGAGGAAGCGGAAUUUGAGGUCUCGAGUGAAAAGGUGCACUUGUUUGGCAAGGAGAGGAACACGCCGAGUCCCAUCUACAAGUCGCCACAGCAAAGGGUCGGUUCUGAAUAG